AUGGGUGUUGGAGUCCUGACGGUAAAGAAAAAGAAAGAGAGCAUGUGGACGUUCUUUGACCCUCUUGACAAAUCCUUGUGGCUAGCAACUGGAGCUUUCUUCAUCUUGACUGGCUUCGUUGUUUGGUUGGUUGAACGAGCGGUUAAUCCUGAAUUCCAGGGCUCCUGGGGACAGCAACUUGGUAUGAUGCUUUGGUUUGGGUUUUCCACCAUUGUGUUUGCUCACAGGGAGAAACUGCAGAAAAUGUCAUCAAAAUUUGUAGUCAUAGUUUGGGUUUUUGUUGUGUUGAUAUUGACUUCAAGUUACAGUGCAAAUUUGACAUCGACCAAAACCAUUUCUCGCAUACAAUUUAGUGAGCUGCUUAGAAACCCUUCACAAUAUAGAAUGCUUAGAACCAAUAGUACACUCAAUACCUUUGACGACUAUGUUCAAGCUUUGCGGGAUGGAACUAUCUCUCAUGUUGUUAGUGAAAUACCGUAUCUCAAUGUCUUUCUUGGACAUUAUCCGGGUGUCUUCGAGAUUCUAGGUAGAGACACUACUAGCAAUGGCUUUGGGUUUAUGUUCCAGAAAGGCUCGGGUUUGGCUCCUAACGUGUCAAGAGAAAUCGUGAAGCUAAGGUCAUCACGAAUGUUGAAAGAUAUGGAGAAAAGAUGGUUCCAGGAGCUGGAUUCCUUUGGAAAACCACACAUUGAUUGGUCUGAAAAUGACGAUGCAUUUAACCGCCUCACCAUCCAUGAAUUGGGCGGUUUGUUCGUCAUUGUUGGAGUUUCUCAUGCUCUUGUACUAGCUUUGCAUCUCUAUCAGACACGGCGAGAGAUAUCACGUGCCUUGUGGGAAUCUCGACUCUUCACCAAAUUGCAAAACUUCUCAGGCUUCUAUAAGUAA